AGACGUUUUUGUGGUUAUUAUAGUACUGUGUUCUCUUUAAUCAGUGCGUACGUGUACUCGUAUAUGUAGUUUAAUAGAGUAAACAUAUUUAAUAGUUGUUUGUAUUCAAAUACAUUAGUCUGAGUGCACGCGUCUCCUCCUCGCUUAGCUCGCUAGUUAGCUUAGCGUGUUAGCUGCUAACAAAGAGAGGCGGAAGUGAUCAAAACACAUCGCUAAGCAGAGAUCAAGUGUGAGUGUAAAGUGUUGUGAUUGUGUGAAAAUGUGCGAAAGAACGAUAGCAGAGUACGAGGAGGAACUUUGUCCAACAAAAGAGGAGAAGGAGCGACAACAUCAACUACUGGACGCUGUUUUCAAGAAACAUCAAGUUGUGUUACACAGAACAGACGUCCAGCAGCUGGCUGGACGUCAAGAAGGUCCCGCUCAGCCGCUGGGGAGAAGCUGCACUUUGAGGCAGGAGGAUCCACAGCGCCCCCAUUUUAAAGAGGAAGACGAGGAACCAACUGCACAUAUCAAGGAGAAACAGGAGAACCACAGUCCCCCCACAUUAAAGAGGAAGAGGAGGAAGUGUGGAUCACCCAGGAGGAAGAGUGUCUUGUAGGGCAGGAGGAGGCUGAUCUCACCAAGUUUCCACUGACUGUUGUCUCUGUGAAGACUGAAGAGCAUGAAGACAAACCACCUGAGUCCUCACAGCUUCAUCACAGUACAAAAUUCCUGCAGCUGUUUGGUCGUCAACAAGAGCUGUUUCCCAAGUCGCUGGAGGGGAGCUCCACUUUGAAGCAGGAGGAGCCGCAACCCCCCCACCUUAAAGAAGAAGAGGAGGAAUUGUGGCUCACUCGGGAGGGAGAUUGUCUUCUAGGGCAGGAGGAGGCUGAUCUCACCAAGUUUCCACUGACUAUUAUUUCUGUGAAGACUGAAGACCAUGAAGACAAACCACCUGAGUCCUCACAGCUUCUUCACAGUCCAAAUGAGGAGGACAGAGAUGUGGAAUCGUCCAGCAGCAGCUCAACUCAACACAUGACAACAGAAGCUGAUGGAGACCACUGUGGAGGAUCACAAGCAGACAAGCUCUUAGCUCCACUAUCAGAUAGUGACGACACUACGUCACCCGUUAAUGUAAAUAUGGAAUCACACUCCGGAGAAAAACCUUUUAGUUGUUCAGCGUGUGAUAAAAAAUUCUCCAACAAAAGUAAUAUGCAAAAACACAUGAGGACACACACAGGAGAAACUCCCUACAAUUGUACCGUUUGUGCGAAAGGCUUUGUUAUAAACGCUGACUUGACUCGACACAUGCGGACGCACACCGGAGAAAAACCUUUUAUUUGCUCAAACUGCGGCAAAAGGUUUUCCCAAAGUGGAACAUUGCUGUCACACAUGAGAACGCACACAGGAGAAAAACCCUUCACUUGCUCAAACUGUGGCAAACGUUUUUCUCAAAGCGGAACAUUGCUGUCACACAUGAAAACACACACUGGAGAAAAGAUUUUCAGUUGUUCAGUUUGUGAUAAAAGAUUCUCUGACAAACGCAAUAUGCAAACACACAUGCGCACGCACACGGGAGAAAAACCUUUCAGUUGUUCUGUGUGCGCGAAAGGCUUUGUGGUGAACUCUAAGUUGACUCUGCACAUGCGGACUCACACAGGAGAAAAACCUUUCAAUUGCUCAAACUGCGGCAAAACGUUCUCUCAACGGGGAACAAUGCUGUCACACAUGAGAACACACACGGGAGAAAAGCUUUUCAGUUGUUCAGUGUGCAGUAAAAGAUUCUCUAACAAACGCAAUAUGCAAACACAUAUUAGAUCACACACGGGAGAAAAACCUUUCAGUUGUUCAGUGUGUGGCAAAAGGUUCUCUAACAAAAAUGAUAUGCAAACACACAUGAGAACACACACAGGAGACGCUCCCUAUAGUUGUUCUGUUUGUUCAAAAGGUUUUGUUAGAACCUGUGACUUGAGUCGACACGUGCGGACACACACGGGAGAAAAGCCUUUCAAUUGCUCGGACUGUGGGAAAAAGUUCUCUCAAAGGGGAACAAUGCGGUCACACAUGAGAACGCACACGGGAGAAAAACCUUUCAGUUGUUCAGUGUGCGACGAAAGAUUCUCCAACAAAAGUAAUAUGCAAAGACACAUGAGAACACACAAUGGCGAAUAAAUGUUCGUUAUUCGAAGUCCUUCUUGGAUGAACUCCUAAAGAGUCACUAAAGGUCUACUGCACGCCUUGCGAAGCAUUUUAGUCUGGACCCAGUUAGGACCCAGCCAGCCCACCUUAUUUUCUUUUAGGUACAGGUGGGAGAAGAAAUCAUUAGAUGCAUUUUAAUGUUGAAUACCUCUCACUAUUAUGUUAGAUCCACUAUGGACUGGACUUUCACAAUAUUAUGUCAGACCCACUCGACAUCCAUUGCUUUCAGUCUCCCCUAGGGGGGGUUACCCACAUAUGCGGUCCUCUCCAAGGUUUCUCAUAGUUAUUCACCUCGAAGUCCCACUGGGGUGAGUUUUCCUUGCCCGUAUGUGGGCUCUGUACCGAGGAUGUCGUUGUGGCUUGUGCAGCCCUUUGAGACAC